AUGACAUUAAUUAUUGGUAUUGGACCAGUUUUAUAUACUCUCAAUAAUCCUGAUCCACAAAUACAAUCACUUUUAUUUUGUAAACUUCGUGGUUAUAUAUUUCAAAUAUGUUUAAUGCUUUCUCGUUGGUUUGUUGCUUUUGCUUGUAUUGAUCGUUUUGCAUUAACUUCAGAUAAAAUUAAUUUAAGAAAUUUUGCUAAACCAAGAAUAGCACAUCGUAUAAUUAUUAUCAUUAUUAUUUUUUGGUCAAUAAUUUGUUCUCAUAGACUUAUAUUUUAUGAGAUCAAAGGAAAUUUUUGUGGUAUUAUAAAUAAUAUGGCAGCAGCACUUUAUCAUAGUGUU